AUGAAUGGAAAUGACCCUGUGGACCUGAGAUCAGACUCAAACUACACAGGUCGUGUGGAGUAUCACUUUCAUGUGAACGGCUGCACUCUGAGAAUCAAAGACCUGAGAGAGAGCGACUCAGCUGAGUACAAGUUCACACUGAGAACAAACAAACCGGAUCAGAGCUUGACUGGGUCACCUGGAGUUUCUUUGUCUGUCACAGCUCUACAGGUGCAGGUGACCAAAGUUGACUGGAAUGCUGGCACUGCAGAGCUGAAGUGUCACAGCAGCUGCAGUCCAACUGGUCAGCUGUCCUACAUCUGGUUCAAGAACGGAGAGAAGAUUCAGACAGAAACAUCUUCGGUUUCAGGAUCCUUUGAUUCUUUAAACAGCUACACCUGUGCUCUGAAAGGACAUGAGGAUUCUCCUUCUCCUCCAGUGUGUGUCUAUGGUGGAUCCUGCAACAGGGUGAUGUACAACAAGAGGAGGAUCUGUGCCCUAAAAGGCUCAUCAGUCAACAUUUCAUGCACAUACUACAGUCAUUGGGCUCCUAAUUCAGUCUUUUGGUUCAGUCCUGCACGUAGUCAUCACUGGCAGACUCAAACACAGCCUGAGGACCUAAAAGCAGACUCCCAGUAUGCAGGCCGUGUUCAGGUCUUUGAAACACAGAGACGACGCUCCACUCUGAUCAUCUCUGACCUGAGAGAGAGCGAUUCAGCAGAGUAUCGCUUUAAGUUCAAACGACUGAACUCGGAAUGGGGGAACAGUUUCCCUGGUACAACUCUGACUGUCACAGCUCUGCAGGUGCAGGUAACCUCAGUAACAGUCCACCAGGAUUACACUGAAGCAGUGCUGAGGUGUCACACCAGCUGCUCUCCUGCUGGUGACAUGUCAUACAUCUGGUUUAAGAAUGGAAAGGAAAUCCAGAAUGAGGAAAAGUCCUCUCAUGAGGACCGGUUUUCCCCAGGAGACUUCAUCUCUUGUGCUGUGAAAGGACUUGAGAAGUCUGUCUCUCCCUCAGUGUAUGCUCUGAAGGCUCCCUCUGUGUCUGUAAAUCCUCCUGGUGAAAUAACGGAGGGCAGUUCAGUCACUCUGAACUGUAGCAGUGAUGCUAACAGAGAAGCUAACUACACCUGGCUCAAGAGGAACCAAACACUGCCCAGAGAAGAACCACAGCUUGUCUUCAGUUCCAUCCAGCCCUCUGACUCUGGAGAGUAUCGCUGUACAUCUGAGAACGAGCUGGGAAAGAGAACAUCUGAACCCGUCUUCAUUGAUGUCAAAUGUGAGUAA